AUGUCGUGUAUACCGUGGGAGUUCCCACAGCCCUUCGAUUAUAUCCAUGUGAGAUCAAUUACUGGAGGUAUCGGGGACUGGGCCGCUCUCCACCAGCAAGCUUUCCUCUCGCUCAACCCUAGAGGACUUUACGAAAUUGAAGGCCAUGAUUUCAUGUUGAGAUGUGAUGAUAAGUCACUAGAUAAGGUCUCGUCAAUCAAGCAAUGGUUGAGUUUACUACAUCAAGCCGCCGGUCUAGCAGGACGACCUUUGAAUGUAGCGUCAAAGCAUAAGGAGUGGAUGAAGCACUGCGGUUUUGCUUGCAUUGAAGAAGAGAAAUUCAGACUUCCGAUCGGGACUUGGAUGGACGACCCAAAGAUGAAGGCAAUUGGACAACUGAUGCGGGUUCAGAUGGCACUCGCGGUCCCAUCUUGGACAAUGGCGCUUUUCACGCGUCAUCUGGGCUGGUCGGCAGUUUCGGUAGAGUCAUUCAUUGAGAAUGUGUUGAAAGAAAUCCUCAGUGUUGAAAGGGGCUUGUAUAUCAGCUGGUACCGUACUUCAGGACGCAGGGAGUGA